AUGUACCAUCUGCUCCUCCUCCUCCUCGUCUUGCUCCCCUUCGCCACGGCCGACGCCCACCCCGCCGCUUCCUGCAGCAACGCCACCUGCGGCGGCCAGAGCAUCGCCUACCCGUUCUGGCUCGCUAGCUCCGGCCCCAACUGCGGCUACCCGGGCCUCGGCGUCUCCUGCAACGACAACGCCCCGAUCCUCGACGUCCAGUUCCACCAGUACAGGGUCCUGCGCAUCGACUACGCCAACCGGACCGUCUCCCUCGCCGACGUGGACGCCUGGAACACGACCUGCCCGCGGCUCAGCUUCACCCUCUCCGUCGACCCCCGCUCAUCGCUGCAGCUCACGCCCUCCAACUCCAGGCUCACCCUCCUCUACAGCUGCAAGGCCGGCGUCUCCCGGCCCUCCGCCGUGAAACUCGACGGCUGCCCGGAACAGAGCAUGGCCUGGUACGUGCUCCCUGAUGACGACCGGGUCAUGGGCAAAGCGCACGCGUACGGGUGCGAGGAGGCGGUGACGACGCCGGUGCUGAUGAGCCCGCAUCGUCCGGCAAACCCGUCGCUCCGUGCGGUGCUCAGCGGUGGGUUCGAGGUGCGUUACGAUGAUCGGUCCGAGCGGUGCGGCGCAUGCGAGCAAUCCGGCGGACGGUGCCGAUACGGGCGCAUCGAGGAGCACGGCGGGACGGGCUUCUCAUGUGUCUGCGACGAUGGCGCUAACAAGCUCCGGUGCGGGGAUGCACUCUCCUUGCGCUUGAAGAGACAAAUAUUGUGUAAGACACAUUUGUUUUUCUCGAGUUCAUCAUUUUGCUUCUCCCUUGUAGUCAUAUAUUAUUAUCAAACAAGCUAG